AUGACAAAGAGUACCGGUCCAGACAUCGGGAUCGUGAAGAACGCCAUGAUCGGUCCAACCGUCGGGGAUCACUACAGGACCGCUCGCCGUCUCCUCGCCACUACUCGGACAGACGACCGGAGGGAUUACCGUCCCCGAGACUCGUACAACCGCGACAGAGCCCCGCCCGCCAGCAGCGAAGACGCAGAGCAGAAGCGCAAGGCACAGGAAGAAGAGCGCCAGCGGAAGCUAGCAGAGAUGCAGUCGAACGCAAGCGAGAUGGAGGAUGCUCGACGACAGCGCAUUGCGGAAGUCACUGCCCUGGAGGAGAAGCAGCUCGAAGAAGAUGAGAAACACCGUUCCGACAAGGGUCGCUUUGUGGGUGGUCUCCAUCGACAACUGCAGGAAGACGGUCUGGAUGAUCGCAUCAAGCGCAGUCGUGGUGGAUUGGCCCGGCUGGAUGAGGAUUAA